UUUAAUUAUUGGUUACCACAGCUUACCGUCGAAGCGAAGAUAGUGUUCCUCCUGAUGGUGAUGAUUUGCGGCGCGGUGCCGACCACUCGGUCCGUGCUCCUGAAAAACGAAUGCAGUGAACGAUUUAUGAAUGUAUAUCCGGGCCACAAAAGGGUUGUCACUGCGAUAGAAGAUGAUCCAGAUAGUAGAUAUGCAAACUUCACAAUACGAACACUUAACAGUAAGCUAGAAAUUGAAAUUUAUUCACCGGCUACGAAAAAAUAUCUUUGUUUUAAUCACAGGUGGAAAUUAAUCGCUACGAGGAACAAAGCAAAUCGACAUUGUCGUUUCAAACAUGAUAUAGUUAUAAAUGGCUACGACAAAUAUGUCUCCGCAGACGAUAAACAUAUGUACAUAGGCUUUAAUGAACGUGGUAAACCAUUGAAUGCAAAUAUAACAAUGGUAUUAGAACGAAACCAAAAUUUCAGUAUUAAACAAAGAAAACGUUUUAAACAGAAACGAAAGUGUUUCCUUUUUACAAAAAUAGAUAAAAGUGUGAACGUAAAUAAACACAAUGAAAAUUUAAAUCAACAUAAUAGGCCUUUGUAAUUGUUAAGAAAAACCAUCAUAAUAAUUACAUCAAUCAAUCAUUGUUGUAAAAUCCUAUCAAGCGAAAGAAGCAGUCAAGAUGACUUACCUCGAGUGUUGUAAAUCAAGAAGACAAGAGAAGAAUGAUAACAAAAAAGUAUGCAUGAGGAUAGAACUUUUUAUCUGCUCCUACAUACUUCGAAAGUGGAUUAGAUGGAAAUUACAUAAAACAAUGCAUUUUUUUUUUACAUAAUUCUGGCCGCAAAGUAUUUAGAAAGACAAUAAAUAUGUAGCAAAAAACUUUAUUAAAAACAUGUGCGCUCGAUUAAAAACUUAAA